GGGGAAUAAGUUUUAAGAAACCCUAUUUCCCUAACUUUUUACUACAAGCACCCUUUGGUACACGCGGCAUAGUGGCAUUUCUUUUUCAGACAUAUCCAGAAGCUUCCAUGGUCUGUCUUCACACUAUAAUAUAUUUCCCCUUCUCUGUCUCAUUUUCAACAUCAUAGUACCAAUUGCACUGUGCCAUUCUAAUUUCUAAGCAUGGCUGAUUCGUCCCUGAGAACCGUGCUUGUUACUGGAGCUGGGGGUCGCACAGGACAAAUAGUGUAUAGAAAAUUAAAAGAGAAUCCAAACCAGUAUAUUGCCAGAGGUCUUGUUAGAACAGAAGAAAGCAAACAGAAAAUUGGUGGCGCAGACGAUGUUUUUGUUGGGGACAUCAGAGAUGCUGGAAGUAUUACUCUGGCAAUUCAAGAUGUAGAUGCUCUCAUAAUUCUCACAAGUGCAGUUCCUCAAAUGAAGCCUGGGUUUGAUCCAACAAAAGGUGGAAGACCUGAGUUCUAUUUUGAUAAUGGUGCAUAUCCUGAGCAGGUUGAUUGGAUUGGGCAGAAAAAUCAAAUAGAUGCUGCUAAGGUUGCAGGAGUGAAGCAUAUCGUGUUAGUUGGGUCUAUGGGUGGAACAAACCCUAAUCAUCAUCUGAACAGCUUGGGAAAUGGGAAUAUAUUGAUUUGGAAAAGAAAGGCUGAGCAAUAUCUAGCUGAUUCCGGUAUUCCAUACACAAUCAUACGGCCUGGUGGCUUGCUAGAUAAAGAGGGAGGUCUUCGGGAACUAGUUGUAGGGAAAGAUGAUAUGCUUCUUCAGACUGAAACCAAAACCAUACCUAGAGCUGAUGUUGCAGAAGUCUGCGUUCAGGCACUAAAUUUUGAGGCGGCUUUAUUUAAGGCUUUUGACUUGGCAUCAAAACCUGAGGGAGUAGGUACACCAACAAGGGACUUCAAAGCCUUGUUUUCCCAGCUUGAGUCUCGUUUUUGAAUUUGAAUGCUGUUGUCAUGGUCAUUUGUGCUAUGCCAUUUGGAGCAAAUUACUGUCUUGAAAAUAAUGUUCAAGAUUGUCUAUACUGAAUUAGAGUCAAUAGCAUUGAGAAUAUGUCGUGUCUUCGUGUUUUUAAUUCCUUAUUAUUUCUUUUAAAGACGCUUUUUAAUUACAUUUAUUUAAUUAGACUGGAUUGUAGCGUUCAUAUCAUCUCACAUACUCUUGGGAGCUGAAGUGGACUUGUACAACCAUUUUUUAGUU